AUGAGUUUGGAUACUCUGUUCCAACAAAUUCUACUAACUGAACAGCAAAUAUCGGAGAAAACGCGACAAUCUCAAGAAGUCAAGGCUGCUAUUGCAAGAUGUCAAGACAGGGUCAAGACAUUGACAGCAAAAUCAGAAUGUCUCUCCAAGGAACUUGAUGAAAAGGCUCAGCAUCUAUCAGAGACAAAGCUGCACUAUGACCUAAUGAAAAAGCGUCAAGUACAAGUUGAAAAGCAGGCAGGGAAGCUUCUGAGACAGCAGAAGGAUCUCAGGAAACACUUGGAGACAAUAAAGAAGUCGUCGAAGGAGGAACAGGAGAAAUUCAUGAAAGAAAUCAUGACUUUCAACAGCGACUUUAGCCUUUUGAAUAACAGGGAGACUGUGUUUGAGAGCCAAACCCAAUCUGAGAUACGUAACUUGGAGGAGGAGGUUAGCUCUUUAAACAAAGAGAUGGAGUCCAUGGGCCGGAGGAAUACUCGGAUGAACUCUAUGCAAGAAGAAAAGAGAGGUCUCCAUUUGGAGCUACAAGGACUGGAACAUAUUAUGAGAGACCUGGAGAGCCAGCUGAAUGAGGCUAAAUCAAUGACCGAGUCCUUAAGUGCAGAGAGUCUGAUGGUCACCCAGAAGCCCCUCACAGACAGCACUUGCUUAAGACUUAAAAAGGAGCUGGAGAUGCACAACGAAGGAGAGCUGGAGCUGCUGAGAGAAGCCCUUAGCUCUGAAAUCCUGUUGCUGCAAUCGCCGGAGACCGGCGUCCUCCAUCCUCCUCAAAACUUCACCUACGUUUCUGAGAUGUUCCUCCUUCGUGACUCCCGUGACAAGAAUGUCGUCGAGGUACUUCUAUGA